AUGAACCUCAUACAACAGCAGAAGGGCCGUCCAUUCCACCCGCCUUUCAGUGUCAGCCCAGGCCUCCUGUCUUCCCCUUCUCAGGCCCUCCUGCAUCCACAUCCCAUCCACCCAGCUGCUCAUGUGGUGGCCAGGUGGCCAGCACGAUGUCCCACUAGGACCCCUGCAGUCCCAGUGCACCUGCCUGCUCAUCCGGGGACCUGUCCUCACUGCCUGCUGCCCGCACUGUGUGGAAGGACAGAGGCUAAACGAGGAAGCCUCCAGCUCUGGUCUCAUGGAAAUGGCAGCCUGCCCACCACCCACGUCUGCCCAGCCUUUUUUCACGCAUUAAAACGUGGAGAGUGGAAUCUUCUGGGCCCAGGUAACGCGCCUUUGCUCCGACAUUCCCUUCAUUACUCACUGGCAAGCUCAGUUGGAAAUUCACUCCCAAUAGGAGUUCCAUGGCAGACACAUCGUGUAUUCAUGAGUCCAUGUGGCAGGAAGUGGAGCCAUCACAGGGUACGAAGGGAGGACAAGUGCAGCGUCGUGAGCAUGUACAGAGGGAAGUUGACAGCGGGGAGAGGCUUUGCUGAGGAAGUAGCAUUUGGAAGAAUGAGAAUGAGAUUCCUGGCUUUGUCUGCUAAGAGGACCUGGAAGCUCAGACAACCUAAAGCAAUGAGCAUGCCACGUGCCCAGGCCUUGGUUUCUGAAUCCCAUUCUACAAUGAAAGGAAAGAGCAUUCUUUGGAGAAAUGGCUGAUUUAAGGGCUGGGCUGGGCCAGGGGAUGAAUGAGAUGAGCCUGCAGUAGGAGGUGCUGGAAGCAUGGUGGGGACACACCAAAAAGAUGCCACUGCCAGUUUGAAUGACCAGUUGAUGACAAUUUGUUGUUGUAGAUAUUAAAAUUGGAAAAAUGUACUAUCACACUUUUUUAACAGUAUCAUUGGGUUAUAAGAUUGACACACAAUAAACUCCACCCCUUAAAAGUGUACAAUUUGCCGGGCACAGUGACUUGCACCUGUAAUCCUAGCACUUUGGGAGGCCGAGGUGGGUGGAUCACUUCAUGCCUGGAGUUCAAGACCAGCCUGACCAACGUGGUGAAACCCCGUCUCUACUAAAAAAAAAUACAAAACUUAGCUGAGCGUGGUGGCAAGCGCUUGUAAUCCCAGCUACUGGAGAUGCUGAGGCAGGAGAAUCGCUUGAACCUGGGAGGCAGAGGUUGCAGUGAGUUGAGAUCGCACCGCUGCACUCCAGCCUGGGUGACAGAGCAAGACUCUGUCUCAAAAAAAAAAAAAAAAAAGUGUACAAGUUGACUAAUGAAACAUCUGUAUAUACCUGUGAAGCCAUCAGCACAAUCAAGACAAUGGACACAGCCCUCGAACCUUCUUUAUGCUGCUCUGUAAGGCCUGGUCCCUGCUCUUACCCCAACCAUCCAGAUCAGCUUCCUGUCACUAGAGAUUCAUUUACAAUUUCUAGGCAUUUAUGUAAGUGGAAAUAUAAGGUAUAUAUUCACUUUUUCUGACUUCUUUACACAGCAUUAUUAUUUUGAGAUAUUAUUGUACAUAUCAACAAUUCAUUCUUCUAUUGCUAGU